AUGUGUCUAGGCUCAAAUACAGAGUGGACACAAUCACAACUACUUCAUUCUCUUCCAAGAAAACCGAAGCGAACGAGGGUUCAUAUUCGCCGUCGUCUUUCAAGAAGGAGGGCCCGACGGGAUGAAAAAGUCGAUGCGGUUAUGGAGCUCAAGAACUUGAAGCUGUACAUGGAGAACAUAACCAUCAUGGAGGAAAACGAGAGAUUGAGGAGGCAAGCGAGUCUACUUCAGCAAGAGAAUCGUAGUUUGAUGUCCGAGUUUCAAAGGAGAUUUUCCAAUAAUUACAAAUGA